AUGAAGACCUCCACCCUCCUCAGCAGCCUCCUCGCGGCCGUCCUCGCCCCCACGGUCAGCGCGCAAGCCGGCUGCGUCAGCUCGGCCCAAUCGCUCGUCCCGUCGUGCGGCCAGUCGUGCCUGCUGUCGGCCAAAUCCGCCCUCGGCUGCACCGUCGAGACCGACUACGCCUGCGGCUGCUCGCAGUCGUCGGCCCUGCAGAACAACGCCGCCCUCACCCAGUGCGUCCUCAGCGCGUGCAACAACAACAUCGAGACGGCCCUGCAGGUCUCGUCGGGCGCCCAGCAGAUCUGCUCGUGCGUCGCCACGGCUGCCGCCGCGGGCCCGACGACUGGUGCCUCGUCUGCGGAGCCGACCAGUGCGCCGGCGUCGGCGCCUGCGGCGGGGAGUACCCCGGCUGCGUCGGAGCCGGAGGCGUCGGAGCCGGUUGCUACGAGCUCCUCCGCUGCACCGACAACACUCAGCACCGUCGUCUCUCCCCCCACCACCGGCGACGGCGGUUCCUCCUCUAGCGCUCCCGGCAGCGGCGAAGGUAGCAGCGUCAGCGCCUGCCCGGUUCAGGUCACCGUUCUGAUGACGACGACAGUCACGGCUACUGUUGGUGGCGAGACGGGCGGUUCGUCGGCGCCUGGUGAUGGUGGGUACGGAAGUGGUGGCGAGGAGGAGGGGUCGUGCAAGGGGUUGGAGGGGGUGGACUAUUUGGUCUGCUGCGCGUCGAAGAUUUUCACUUUGGGGAACUGA